AUGCUGUCUCAUCGCAUCUCCUGGCUCGCUGCCACUCUGCUGGCCUCGUGCUCUCAGCUCGCACGCGCCCAGCUGCCUGCCGAGGCCCUCGAGCUUGACCUCGUCUUCCCUCGUGAUGAUGGGAAGUACGGCGAAACCGCCAACGGCUAUCCCGUGCUUCUCAACGUCCAGAACCCCGACAUCGCCUACAAGUACGGCUACAACUUCGUCUGGGACAUCUAUUCAAGGAACAAAAACUCGUACAUGCGCACCGCCGCCCACGGCAUCAUGGGCGCCUCUAUCGGGAACGAGAGCACUUUCGGCAACGGGCCCCAUCUCGAGGUUGGAAGAACCGGCCACCUGGCCCCUGGCGACUACACCUUUGCCUGGGUCUUUGGCAUGGGCGCCCAAUGCGAGUUCACCGAGCAGCCCGCCUACAGCGAGUACAACCUGAACCCUCGCAUCGCCAACGGCAGCUUCGACUUCGUCGUUGAGAGCGACGGAAAGGAGCCGACCUUCACCAAGACCUGCCCGACCGCCAUCGGCAGCAUGAGCUACGCGUCGACGACGACGUACAACUCCGAGGCCACCAGCGUCUGCGCCGUCACCGCAUCCGUCACCCACGACGCGCAGCCUUGUUCUGCCACUGUCAGCGACGACCAAGCGACGAGCGUCUACAGCGCCCUGGGGUACGCCGCCGCUACCGGGUCGUCCAAGGGAGCCGCUUCCCACAACUCCCGACAGCCUGCGUCUCAAAUUGCGCUCUUUGCCGGCCUUCUUGCAGCAGUGGCGGUUCUGGCAUAA